CGGACACUUCACCAGGCAGCCUUGCCACCAUGGAAGUCACCAAGCUGUUGGCUACCUUUCUGUUUCUGCAGCUGUCUUUUGCAUUGCGAUUUCAUAACCGGAUAAUUGGAGGCCAAAUAUGUGCUGAGACUGAGCAUCCUUGGCUCGUGUGGAUCUCUGACUCCAAAAGGCUCUACUGUUCAGGAGUAGUGAUCAAUCAAGACUGGGUUCUCACUGCUGCUCACUGCUAUGUAAGCUCUGGAAUGCAGUUGAAGUUUGGACUACACAACAGAGAGGUGCCAAGAGAGGGAGUGCAGUUAAGAACCAGCACAGAGGCCAAAUGCUAUCCGGAUACUGCCAGCUCUGACUCCAACAGCUGUGCACGUUCCACCAUCAGAGAUGAUAUCAUGCUGGUCAAACUGAAUGCCCCUGUUGACUACAAUGACAACGUUCAACCUGCAAUCCUGCCCACUACUGUACCCGAAGAGGGAACAGAAUGCAAAAUGAUGGGCUGGGGCUCCAUCACAUCUCCUGAAGGGACUUAUCCUCUUGUUCCUUACUGUGUUUACAUUGAAAUAUUCAACGAUCAGGUGUGUGAAGCGGCUUACGAACCUUGGUGGAAAACAAAUGGUAAAGUGCUGUGUGCUGGAGUUCUGGACGGAGGCAAGGAUUCAUGUCAUGGUGAUUCUGGAGGACCCCUGAUGUGCGGUGACGAACUUCAAGGCAUCCUCUCUUUUGGAAGCUAUCCUUGUGCUAAACCCCUUGAGCCUGGUGUUUAUGCCAAGGUCAAGAGUUACCUUUUUUGGAUCCAGAGCAUUAUUUCAGAAAAUACACCAGAAACCGCUUGAAUUAAAUCAGUGGACAUCCCACUAGCGUCUCCCUGCAGUCGUAAAAUCUAUAUGCAUAUCUUCCUGGGAGCAAUCCUCUUUGGACACUCUGGAACUUACUUCAAAACAACAAUGGAAAGGAUGGUAUAGUAGCACCCUAGAUCCUUAUAGCUUCCUAGAUUGAUUGCUCCAGUAGUUUUAGUAAACUGAAUGAGAGCUCUUGCCUAUGCCAGUUAAUAGUCUUGUUCUAUUAACAUAAAUCUCUCUCCCCUUGACCCCCAGCAUUAGAAUCAUAGUCUUAAGGUGAACUUCUAGCUGUAAAAGUUAGAACACGGAAAUAAAAUAGAGGCUUCAGCAUCUCGAAAAUUUCAUCAUUUAUGGGUCUAC